GGGAUCAGAUGAAGUUACUGCUGCUCAUUGUCUGCUGGGGUUUUUUUUCCUGCGCGCGCGUGUGUGUGCUUUUCCCGUUUGCUUUUGUGCCUUAGGAUGGGCGAGGGGGAGGGACUUGCUAAUGUGUUUCAAACAGAAACUUUAAACCAUCAAAAGCUUCACCCACGCCCAGAAAUAGUCACUUGGCUGAAAGACAGCAGCUUUAUGCUGUUUUUACUUGAUGUGAAUUAUUUCCUUGAAGAGUGCCUUUGCUGGGGGAUGUUCAACGUGGGAACUAGCAGCCCCUGAUUUUUGCUCGGAUUUUGUUCCUUGCCUUUACUCUUAGGAAGUGUCUCCUAGUGCAUAACCUUAGACUCCUCGCGCUGCAGCUGCGGUUUCGCUCUCAGGCUAGCAGAAAGGGUAAUCGGCGCUGAGACAAAGCAGAUCCUCAGGUGCCUCAAGCUGAGCCAGAAGGUUAAUCCGUGAGCCCACGUGGCGGUUUGUGUGCUCCCGGCACAUCCCGGCUGGCCCGUCCCCGCCUGCCGCCCUGCUCCGAUGGCACGAGCGUAAGGCGUCCUCGCACCAUGCAUAACCAGCAGUCGUCCCUGGGAACGCGCCAGCGGAUGGGAUCAGGAGCUCUGGGGUGUCCUCUGUUGCUCAGAUGGGAAGACAACCAGCUGUAAAAAGGUCCUCUCUUGCUCGGAUGGGAAGAUGACCAGCUGUAAAAAGGCUGUCCAAGCCUCUGGUCUCUCCAGCCAUGUGUGGUUGCCUCAGUCAUGGAGACAGUACUGCUCCUCCUCUCACCCCCAUGGCCAGGCUUGUUCGUUCAGACCAAAAGAGAUGGCGGAUUCCUAUGCCUGUAAAGGUGGAAGGAAAACUUCAGGCUCUAACAAACCCACUGCGAGCAAAGAAAGCAGGACAGACACAAGGAUAAAUCCACCGGCAGAGCUUCCCAAGCUUGGAAAUGCAACCAGCGACAAAGCAGAAGGCAGGAAGAAAGGACGACCUAAGGCCGAGAACCAGGCGCUGAAGGACAUUCCCCUCCCCCUGAUGAACCAGUGGAAGGACGAGUUCAAAGCCCACUCCAGGGUGAAAUGCCCCAAUUCGGGCUGCUGGCUGGAGUUCCCCAGCAUUUAUGGUUUGAAAUACCACUAUCAGCGCUGCCAGGGGGGUGCAAUCUCGGAGAAGCUGACGUACUCGUGCUCAUACUGUGAAGCUGCCUUCACCUCCAAAACCCAGCUAGAAAAGCAUCGCCUCUGGAAUCACUUGGACCGGCCAGUGCCAACCAGCAAAGCAGAAAACAAAGUGCAGAAGUCAUUUGGGAAGAGCAGUGGCAAGAAAAGAGCUGCUGAGAGUUCAGCUUGCCCCACCAUCCAUCCCAAACAGGCAAAGACGGAAAAAGCCGUGGCCCAGGACCACACUGAGAAUGGCGAGUGCCUGGCGGAGAACCGGGAGAGCAAGGAGUUUCAGAUCGCAGCAGCAGAGGCCAUUGCAGCUGCGACGCCCACGGCCAAGUCUUCAAGCUGCAAGGAUGCCGGGCAGCAGGGGGGCAGCCAGGCCUCGCUGCAGGAGGAGGACCCUGAGAGGAUGAAGCACAGAAGGAAACAGAAAACUCCUAAGAAAUUUACGGGGGAGCAGCCAUCCAUAUCGGGGACGUUUGGACUGAAAGGUCUUGUCAAAGCAGAAGACAAGGCGAAAGCACAUCGAGCCAAGAAGCUGGAGGGGAACACCAACAUGGAGGACCUGAAAAAGAAGCCUCCAGGAUCUGGUGUGAAGAAGGAAUCAGCUGUGCAUUUACCAGCAGCAAACCCUGAGGACCAGUGGCAACGUGAGAUAAGUGAGAAGGGAGAAGUCGCCUGUCCAACCUGCAGCGUUAUAACCCGAAAAACUGUUGUUGGGCUCAAAAAGCACAUGGACGUCUGCCAGAAAUGCCAUCCAUCAGAGCAAAGGAUUACGUCUUCAUCCGUCACCUGGCGUGGUGCAGAGCCAUCGUCACAGAAAGCCAACCUGCAGGAUGCCUUGAAAUGUCAACACUGCAAAAAGCAAUUUAAGUCCAAAGCUGGGCUGAAUUACCACACCAUGGCCGAGCACGUCAGCAAGCCUGUUCCUGUGGAAACCGCUGGACUUGGUGAACAGGAAGCGCGGGAAAGGCUGAGGAAAGUGCUAAAGCAGAUGGGAAAACUGAAAUGCCCCAAUGAGGGUUGCGUGGCCAACUUCUCCAGCCUGAUGGGGUACCAGUACCACCAGAAGCGGUGCGGCAAGCAGCUCGCCGAGGCCGACAAGCCUGUCUUCAGCUGCCCGCACUGUGGAAAGAAGUACAAAUCCAAGGCUGGCCACGACUACCAUGUGCGGUCAGAGCAUACGGCCUCGGUGAGCCCCCCGGACGCCUCGGCGGCCCGAGGACCGGGGCCAUCCUUACCCGUGGGUGACUGCAGAGCUGCAGAGCCUGCGGGCAGGACCGAGCCAGGCCGAGCUGGGCCGGGCAAGCCUCCAGAAGAGCCAGAGGUAAAGCCAGAGCCCCCCCCAGUAGAAGAUUUUGAAAGGACUCCGAGUGGCCGCAUCCGUCGCACAUCGGCCCAAGUGGCCGUCUUCCACCUUCAGGAGAUAGCAGAGGACGAGCUCGCCAAGGAUUGGACCAAGCGGAGGAUGAAGGACGACCUGGUACCUGAAACCAAGCGGCUCAAUUACACCCGACCAGGACUUCCCAAGCUAAAUCCAAGGCUCUUGGAAAACUGGAAGAACGAAGUGAAGGAGAAGGGUCACAUCAACUGUCCCAACAACUGCUGUGAAGCCAUUUACUCCAGCGUCUCCGGGCUGAAAGCUCACCUAGCUAACUGCAACAAGGGGGACCACUCGGUCGGCAAGUACCGCUGCCUCCUGUGCCAGAAGGAGUUCAGCUCCGAAAGCGGCGUGAAGUACCACAUCAUCAAGGCUCACUCAGAGAACUGGUUCCGGACCUCCGCCGAGGCCAGCCGGAAAAAGAAAAGCAGGGAACAGCUUUCUUCCAGCAAGGAGGAGAAAAAGAAAAGCACAAGCGGGAAGAAAAGGGGGAGGAAACCCAAGGAGAGACCUCCGGAAACGUCCCUGAAAGGCAGAGAGAGCGUGGCAGCAAAGACUAAUCACAAGAAAACGCUAGAGCACUGGGAAGGCUCCCGCUGCAGCCCCGACGGGGAGGAGCGCGUCCCCAAGCCCCCGAGCCACCGGAAGGCGGGAGCCAGUAAGAUGCCCGAGAACUGAGCAGCUCAGAGACUUGUCUCCGAGGAUUCGUUUACAGCCCAGGGUAACAGGGUGGGGGUUGCUCCCGGUUUUCCCUGCUCCCCUUCCCUCCUUCCCUCUCCCACCUCCCCCACCCUCCACUCCCCCCCUUUUUUCAAAAAAAAAGACAAAAAAUACCAAUUAACCACUUUAAGCAAAGUCAUGGACCUUGUUUCACACUGGAAAACAAACAGGAUCAAGCAAGCUGGACCGCUCUCUGCCCCUCGCUGCCCAUGUACAUACCCCUCUGCCCCCGCGCUCCCGCGCCGACACAGGCUGUCCGCCUGUCCUGCCCCUGCCCG